CGACGAAGUCGGACGAUAUGCUUCAUCUUCGAGGAGCGCCGCUCCCCUUUCUGUCGGCCUCGAGUCAUCGUACUAAUGUGCAUGACGCCAAUAGCGGCUAAAAAGCUCUGAGGCUUAUAAGCGACGACUUGAAAACGAGGACUUCGUUCUGUGCUACCCUCUCAUCCUCCCCGUGAAGCUCGACGCCGAUGGCUGACAAUGGCGCGCUCAAAAAGCGGCACUCUCGUAUGAGCCAUGCCACCCAAGCUGACGAUGCUCCUGUCACUGCCCCGACCCUCGUCAAGGGGAUCACGCUCACCGCAGUAUGUACCAUCGCAAUGGCAGCGAACAUAUCGAACACGAUGGCCGUCUCGAUAGCGUUGCCCACCACCGGCGACGAGCUCGGGAUCCAGCAGGACCAGCUGCAAUGGGUCACGAACGCCUACGCGCUCAGCUCGGGGUGCCUGCUCCUCAUGUUUGGCCGUAUAGCGGACGUGUAUGGCAGGAAGAAGACCUUCCUCGCUGGUGCGCUAUGGCUCUUUGCAUUCACCCUCGGGUGCGCCUUCGUCAAGGAUGCGCUGACGCUUGAGAUCCUGCGAGGCGUUCAAGGCGUGGGUGGCGCUGCCAUAAUCCCUGCGGCGCUGGGUAUCCUCGCGCACGCGUUUCCUCCGUCGCGAGCCCGUUCCAUUGCUUUCGCCACCUUCGCAGCGGGCGCUCCUGUCGGCGGUGCAUUGGGUACUAUCCUCGGUGGAGCUUUCACUCAGUACACCAAGGAUACCUGGCGCGCCGUGUUCUACUUUUGUGCCGCCCUUGCCGGGGUGUGCUUCUUAGGUGGCAUGUACGCCAUUCAGGCGGAUCCGCCAUCCACGGAGAAGGAUCGACGCGUUGACUGGCUCGGGUCGUUCCUUGUCACCGCCGGGCUCACAUUGAUCAUCUUCAUCCUUGCUCAAGGCGAAAUUGCGGAGCCGAAGCAGUGGGGGACGCCUUACAUCAUAGCACUCAUUGUCCUGGGCGCCUUCUUUCUGGCUCUGUUCAUCGCGUGGCAGUGGUACCUCGAGCGUGUUCAGGACGACCCCAAUGCCGCUUAUUCUGUCUGGACGCCGCCGCCGCUCAUGCGCCUAUCCCUUUUGUCGCGUGCUCACGGCCGAUAUGGCGUCCAGAUGAUCAUUACAUUCCUCAACUGGUGUGUCUUCCUGAGCUGGCAAUUUUAUGCGCAGCUCUUCUAUCAAGAGUACCAAGGCUACAGCCCCAUGCUCGCCGCGAUUCGCUUCAUCCCCAUGUUCAUCACGGGCGUCUUGUGCAAUGUCUUCAUCGCCGCCUUCGUUGCGCAUGUCAGCCUGGUGUGGUUGAUGGCCCUGGGCACAAUUAUCACCUCCGUGGCAGCUUUGCUCUUCGCGCUCAUCGACCCGAACGCGCCGUACUGGGCCUUCGGCUUCCCCGCCGCCAUCACCUCCGUCUUCGGCGCCGACUUCGUGUUCGCCGCUGGCACCCUGUUCAUCGCGAAGAUCUCGCGCCCACACGAACAGAGUGUGAGCGGCGGGUUGUUCCAGACGAUGAUUCAGCUCGGCACCUCCAUGGGCAUCGCCGUCUCCACGGUUGUCUACGACAAUGUUCAGAAGCAGCAGGGCGGCAGCUCCUCGCGUGACGCGCAGCUGCAGGCCUACCAGGCGGCGCAGUGGACCGCGUUCGGGUUCGGCGCGCUCGCGUGCUUGCUUUCGCUCGUUUUCUUGCGCGGUGUGGGCGUCAUUGGACACAAGGAGGAGAAGGGGCUCGGCGAGGAGGUCGCGGAUGAGGAAAGAACGGCCGUGAGCCGCCAGGACAAUCAGGCCGCGGCGGAAGAAGUUGGGGAUGAGAGCAAGCGCGACACGCAGGAGGGAAAGGAGGAGGCGAAGGAGACGACGACUCAGGUUUGAAGCGACCACGUAUAGAUGAAUGAAGAAUUGUCCCCGUAGACCCAAUGCUCUUACGACCACUCAUCUGUUGAUAGCCCUUUUUAGCAGUAUACUUCACAAAUCACGGAACAGUAAUGCGAUUCAGAAGCAAUCUCCAUGCAAUUCAG